CCAAACCUCCACCACUUUAUAAACACCCUUCUACCUCUAUGCUAGCCAUUGCUAAUCAGUGAUAGAAAUAAGGAGGAUGUCGGAUUGGGGAGCUGUGUUUGUGUCAGUCAUGUUGUUCAUACUAUUGAUGCCAGGACUGCUGAUUCAGAUACCAGGCCGUGGCCGAUUCAUUGAGUUCACCAACUUUCAAACAAGUGGAGUGUCCAUACUGGUUCAUUCCCUCAUCUACUUCACUCUCAUCUGCAUCUUCUUGUUAGCAAUUGGUGUGCACAUGUGCGAUAUAUUUGAAAUGGCGGACUGGGCGCCAGUAUUAGUCGGCGUGGUGCUGUUUGUCCUGCUGUCGCCAGGACUACUGUUCCAGUUACCGGGACACUACCGACAUGUGGAUUUCGGAGGCAUGAAGACCAACGGCAAGUCAAUCGCCGUUCACACUCUCAUCUUCGUCGCCAUAUUUGCAGUCCUCAUCAUGGCUCUUCAUCUCCACAUCUACACCGGCUGAACUGCCCCUCCUCCAUUUGUUAGGGUUUCUCUAGAUCUGCGAUUAUCUUCUAUUCUCUCUCUUAUCUUUUUUUGUCCUAGGCUUUUGAUUUUGUUUUUAGGUUUUCGCUUUGAUGUAGCUGGUGAUGUUUUGUUAUCAAAUAUACGGAUCGCAGAUCUCUUCCUUUGAAA